AUGAACCUGGUUCUGUGGCCUAAACCAGACCUGACCUUGGUCCUGUGGCCUAAACCAGACCUGACCUUGGUCCUGCGGCCUAAACCAGACCUGACCUUGGUCCUGUGGCCUAAACCAGACCUGACCUUGGUCCUGUGGCCUAAACCAGACCUGACCUUGGUCCUGCGGCCUAAACCAGACCUGACCUUGGUCCUGUGGCCUAAACCAGACCUGACCUUGGUCCUGUGGCCUAAACCAGACCUGACCUUGGUCCUGCGGCCUAAACCAGACUUGACCUUGGUCCUGUGGAUAAAACCAGACCUGACCUUGGUCCUAUGGCCUAAACCAGACAUGACCCUGGUCCUGUGGAUAAAACCAGACCUGAUCCUGCACUAA